AUGAAGCACUCUCCUGACUCUUCCCCACCUGACUGCGGCGGCACGAUGAAUGAGUACCAUAUUCUGGAGAAGAUGGCGACGGGGAGCUUUGGAGUCAUCUUCAAGGUGCGCCGCGUGACGGACAACGCGCUCCUCGUCAUGAAACGCAUCGCUCUCACCGACCUGGAGGUGGAGCAGCGCAAGGAGGCGGCGCAGGAAAUACGUGUGAUGAGCCGCCUGCACCACGCCUUCAUCGUUGCACAGCGGGACGCAUUUCUCUUCAAUGACAGUCUUUGUAUCGUGAUGGACUAUUAUGACGGCGGCGACCUUGCGGCCCUCAUCACCCGGCAGCGUGAGAAAAACGAGUACCUGCCGAUGGAGCAGGUGCUGGCCUGGUUUGCUGAGAUAAACCUGGGGAUGCAUUACCUACACGACCAGGGCAUUGUCCACCGCGACCUCAAAACACACAACCUCUUCCUGAAUUCCAACAGCAGAGAGGUGGCGGUGGGGGACUUUGGCGUGGCCGAGUUUGUGAGUGCGGCGGGGGGCAGUAAAAGGGGGAGUCCUUUUGCCACGCCGCUGACGCCCGCCUCGCAGCAGCUGUUUGCGAAGCGUUGCGACAGUGAACUGUUUGGGGACGGCGGCGACGACGGUGGCGACUUAAUCAACGGCCCUUUUGGUGGGGUGGUGCGGGGGACGCUUCUCUACAUGGCACCGGAGGUGCUUGAAAGUGGCGUAUGUAGCCCCAGCUCCGAUGUCUGGUCGCUUGGGUGCAUCUUGUUCGAGCUGUUGAGCCUCUGCCACCCGUUUGAGUCGCGCGAUAUUGCAACUCUUAUGAUGAGGGUGAUGGCGGGAACCAGGCCGCCGCUACCUGGGCACUGCCCUGCAGAGGUUGCGCGGCUUCUCGACAGCAUGCUCUCCCUUGACGCGGCGCAGCGGCCGAGUUGCGAGGAAAUUCUCCGCACCCCCGUGAUGAGCGCACCCCUGCAGAAAAUAGUGGAACAAAUGGCGUCGCGUAAGUCGCAGGACCUGGAGGCGGCGCGCACGUGGGCGGCGCAAAUGCAGCGGCUUGGUAUUUGCAACCAAACUAUGGCCAUGGCUCCGUGUUUACCGCAUCUUUGGGAACGGCGUCCAACGCUUUCGUCAUCGCAGGAGCGGAUUUUGGUGAGGACAACAGUCCCCGCAUCGCCACAGCCAGAAUUUCUGUCGUCGCCACGCAACUCCUCCUUUGACGAUGGCACCUGUUCAACGUGGAUGCCGCCGCUGCCGUUGCGCGUGGACCACGGGGGUCAUAGUACGCGCUCACGCGAUAGCGACGUUAGUCCCUAUCGGGAGAGGCAAAAGGACUGCGACGGUGCCGAUGAUAUUUCCUCUCGCCUCUCAUGGAAGUUGGGUGACGGUAACGUGGAGGACAUGCGUCAUGUGCCAAUAGAACUCGUGGAGGCAGAGGUGGCGCGUUAUCGCCAGCUGGUGCAGAGUGAGAUGCGUAAGCAGAAGCUGCAGCGGGAUGCGGCGCUGCAUGAAAGCCGCUUCGGCCGCGGCACCGCACCCAAAAAGUAUUACUACAACAGCCUUGCGCCGGUGGGGCGUUUGGCCGACCCAUCCAAUGGUACCAAUCACACACUUCAGACAGUAAUGGACAGCAGCCCCCCACCCUCAUCGCUGCCAUCGCCGUCACCCAUCCACUUGCACCAUUUGGACCAAGAAAAGACAGCCAGCCUGUCGGCGACGGCGUCCAGGUGGCCGCAGGGAAGCCUUGAAGCUUCAUUGGCGGCGCGGCGGCAGCAGCGUAUGGGGAUGGCGGUGGAGGUUCUAGGUCACGCCGUGUUCUCCUCCGUGUACGCGUACUAUAGAAGCGUGGAGGUGGCAGAGCGGGAGGUGGCGUCCGUGAUGCAGCUGGUGCCGGAUCGUGCCAAGUGGCAUGUGUUGCCUGUCAUUGAAGAGGUUGUCGUCAUUGAUCGUCUUCUGGAACGCAUGGAGGCAACUGGUCCCUAG